GAAACCCCGCCCACUCCCUAUUUAAACCCGCAAUGUCACCAAAAGGCGCUCAGAGAACUUGAUCUUGACCACUUGGAUACAACAGCAGCAACACCUGAGACAAGGUAAGAAUUUGAAUGGGUUGUUUUUAACAGGAGCUUCCAUUUCACUCAAUUUAGGGACUUUAUUUUUUAUUUUUUGCCAUUGACUCAUCAUCUUUUUCUUCCCCUCAUAGUUUUGCACUUUUACCUACCAAGCCUGGAAAGUCCAACCAGUCAUCAACUUUUUGGGGGAUUUUUUUUUUUUUUUUUUUUUUUUUACUGUUGUUGCUUUUCUAUAGCACUUUAUCCCACUUUUUCCUUUUUUGUUUGUUUGGGAUUAAAACGUCACUGAACCGGUGCGGUGUCACCCCCCACCCCACCUCCGUCACCAGAGCGGGUGCAGCGGCAACCUUGGCCCAGAGAUGCGAUCCCUUCUGCCGCUUACGGUCUAUUGCGUCAGCCUGGUGUGCUUCCAGUCGCUGUUGGCGGAGGAGCUCUUCAGCUUGGACUAUCUCAACAAGCUAACUGACUUCGAAGAGGAUCCAUCGUUGGUUCCUGGGCCGCAAACCGAUGCCGCCAGUCCAUCCGUGAAAGGGCGUCUCAGACACCUUCUGCCGUCUAAGGCGAGGAGAAGCAACCCCAGACUGGCGUGGGCGAAACCCGCCGAGCGUCCGGGAGUCAAUGGGAGACCGCCGAGGACCCGUCGCCACGCCCACCCCGGCUCCCGAGGGCCCCACAACUACCCUCAUCAUGCCCAGCUGAUGCGAGUGGGUUGCGUGCUGGGAACCUGCCAAGUACAGAACCUCAGUCACAGGCUUUAUCAGCUUAUCGGCCAGAGUGGGAGAGAAGACUCGUCCCCUAUUAAUCCCAGGAGCCCCCACAGCUACGGAUGAACGACCCCCCCACCCUCACCUCCCCAAAAAAUUCUUUAUUUAUCUCUCUAAUGUAUUAGUCGGGUAUUACACUACAUGUCACCUGGAUCACUACUGUGCCUCUUUACUUUUCGGGCCAAUUAUUCAAUUUAGCACCUCACAGUUUGAGUGACCCACCACCCCGAGAAUGUUGGCCUUUUUGCAUAGACGGACAACCUAAGCAACCUCAGUCGGAUUUGUUAAUCCUGUUAAUGUAAGGACAAAGGCUUGUCUUCAACUCCAUCCUGUGCCUCGCUGAUCCAACACCCCGAAUUCUUGAUUCAGCCGUCACGUUGCACUUGGUGCCAGAGUUAAAUCACAUUUGGACAUGUUUUAAGAUAUAACCAAGAGCAUUCAGUAGACUACGGCCAAGGCCAGAUUGGGGUUGGUUGAUCCAGGAAACGCUCUUCCUAAGAAUGUGGAUGUCGGAUCAAAUUAAAACUGAAAAAAGAUGGAAACUGUGUUUUAUGGAAAACCCUUUGAGCAUUGAUUUGAUUUCCUCGAUACCUAUCUCCUAAUAUGCUCUUUGUCCUCACUAGUAGGUCAAUUCAGGACACUAGUAGAAUGACCGUGUUUUGGCCUACUAGUACACAAUUAAAACUUACUCGUAAACUACUGUGUAGGGAUAUCGAAUAAAUGCUCAAACGGCUUUCCAUAAAGGUUGAGGUCCAUGUACUAGUACGCUCUUUAAACUGCCUAGUCGGAAGAUUUUGCAUACUCGUAGGACAACUACAUGUUUAAAGUGAGGAGAAACUACUAGUGGGCAUUUUAGUGCUUCUAGUAGGGUCCAGUAAGAUACUAGUGCGUGACACAGGCCCACUAGUUGGGCCUAAUUGUGUUACUAGUGCAGCACAGUACUUUACGAGGGAGGUUUAACUUUGUACAAGUCGGCCAAAAAUGGCACCAGUACUGGAAAAAAACAUGACUAAUAAGACACAGUUGUUCUAAUAAUUUGCUGAAUUGUCAUACUAAGCUCGAUAUCAAGGAUAUCGAUUAAAUUCUGAAACGUCUUUUCUUGAUGUUAGAAAUUGAAGUUACAGUGGAUGUUAUGCCACGCCAGUGACCUAGAUGGCGGUAAUGAGCAUUGGAAGACGGUGGACGAAUGCUUAACAACAGAAGAAACUAUAGUGCGCGAACAUGGAAAAAAAAUGAAUGGGGACAAAUUACAGUAAAUAUAAACAAUUGAAUGAAAUAGAAAAAAAAUCUAAUUAAAUGUAAAAAACAAAUCUAAUUAAAUACAAAAAAUAAAUAAAAUGGAAUUAAGUAAAACCAAAUUCUGGAUUCAAUAAUAACGAUAACCAAUAUGGAAUGCUUUCUACCGUGGCAAACCUUAUCCACUGUUCUGUGGAAAAGGGAGCUUAGUUUGAAUUGCAACGUUUACAAAGACUGCAAUAUUCAAAGAGAAAGCAAUAACCCGAUUACGAUUGCCUGGAUCAUUCCAGUCUUAACUACUCUCAGAUAAAUCAAAACAAAGCAAAACCAAAAUGCUUGUGAAUAAAUGUAUGACACAGGUCUCAAUAUGGCCCACAGUUAACCCCCGAGUCAAGAAAAGUGUAUUGAAAGUGUAUUCUAGACAAAAUGUCAAUAGUAAUGUCGUUGACGAGUGGAGAUGUGGAUCUGUGCUCACGGUGUGGAAAUAUUAGGCCCUUUCAGGUGAUUCAUAAGUUCUCCCCGCAAGUCAGGACUUUGGGGUUGACGGCAGUUUAUUAAAGCUGACCUUAAUCUUCGCAGUCAUAUGCAGCAACAGCGGGAAUGGGGUGGGGGGCAUUCCCCAGUCUCCACACGCAUCAAAAUAAAUACGAGCAGAGAAUGCGGCUGCCACAAACUUUCACAUAAGGUUCAUAUUUAAAUAGAAUGUUUCACAAAUUACCUGGCAAUACUUGACAAACGGAGAGAUUUACUGAAUGCAAUCUUGGUGAUCUUUCAUAUUCUUUAUUUUCUCCUUUGCCCUGCAGAGGAGCGUUAUGGCCACGGUGAGAAAGAAAAAUGAGUCAUAUUAAAUUGAAAAAGAGUCAGACUAUCAAGACAGGAAAGUUAUUUUGUUCAAAUGCUCACGUUACAAGUAAACAUGUUACAGACAAAAAGUCAGAUUGUUAUGAGUGUUGAUGGAUUCAAACCGAUGCAUUUGUGCAAGUAGGAAUUUUGGUAUUUAAUUGUAAAAAAUAAUAUUUAUUUCUAACUUCAAUUUAGCCCAAAUUACUUAAUUAACAUGAUGUAACAAUGUGGUUUUAUUCUGGUAAUAUGACAUUAUUAUCAGAAUUCUAUUGGGUUUUUUUCAGCAUGAUAUCACCCAAAAAUACGCCUUCAAUUUUAUAACAUGACAAUUUUAAUAUUAUAACAUCAUGACACAAUUGUAACUUUAUUUGUAGAAAUUAGAAAGCAUAACUUUUUGUUCAUCUAAAAAAAGGCUGCGUUUGUCAAUUUCGACUCGAUUGACCGAGUUCAUUCAGAAGUUUAUUCUCGCAAUGUUACAACUUGAAUAUCAAAACACGAUUACAAAGUUUUAACUCGACUUGUAACAUUAGAAAGUCUGAAUUUUACGGGAAGGGUUAGAAAAAAAAAUGGUUUCAUCUCGUAAGAUUAUAAUUUUAUUGCCAUUCUUUACCCCCCCCCCCCCUUUUUUUUUUUUCGUAUGGCCCCAUUACUCCCAAACUGUUUCAUCUGGAUGUAUUUCCCAAGGUUGUCUUUGCGAUCAUGAGGACACAGGGUAAUACGCACCGGUUCACUAGUCUUAAAUCUAAUCUGUUCAAAGACUUGCGAAGGUGAAACACGCCACUCUGUCUGGUGUAAUCGAGCUAAUCGAUGUCUUGUGAAAUAGAUUUGUUAUUAAAAAGGCUUUUAGCACACCGACAACCCUUUGGUGAAUCUCUGGAAGUUGUUUUGCAGCGCGUUUGUGUUCUCUCUUAUCAUUUGUUUGAUGAGCGCCUCGGAUCAUUGUUUGAGGAUAUUGUUGUUGUUGCUUUUGUGACGUCGAAGACUGCGUCGCGUCAAGAGUAUGGCCGCCAGUACCGUCCCCAUUCACAGGACUGUCUACCGCAAACACACACAGAAAAGCAUCUGGAUUGUGAAUGCCUUAUCACAAAAGUAGUUCCUUUUUGCAAAUGUCACAUUUGAAAUGUUUAAACGUGCCAGUGCACUCCACGUGGUGUCGGGUCGACUGUGAAUGCCGUGUGUAAAUAUAUGCCUUCAGAGGAGCUAUUUAAUUCAAAAUGUAUGUAUUUAAGUUAUAUUUAUGUGUUAAUACGUGUAUGUCGCCAAAGACUUAUUUGUUUGCGUCAUCUUUUUUUCCUCUUUGAAAAUGUGACCCAAUGGUAGAAAUGGAAAAAUGUCCAUGUUCUCCACUAUGUAAAAUAAAGCGCUAAGCUCUACUGCA